AUGGAGAGACUGACCACAGCGCUGACCCACAGACGGGUUCUGUUCCCGCUGUCACUGGCUGUGAGGCUGGUCCUGGUUCUGUACGGAGACCAUCAGGACAGAACUAUGGAGGUCAAAUACACAGACAUCGAUUACCAAGUGUUCACUGAUGCCGCCAGGUUUGUGACUCAGGGCCAGUCUCCCUACAACAGAUCUACAUACCGAUACACGCCCCUCCUCGCCUGGAUGCUCACUCCAAACAUUUAUCUCUUCAUGGCCUUUGGUAAAAUCCUCUUCAUUUUGUGUGACGUUUUAUCAGGACUCCUCAUAUACAAAAUCCUGCGCCUGCGUGGACUGAGCUCAAAAACCUCUCUUGGAGUGAGUUCUCUAUGGCUGCUGAACCCUCUGCCCAUGGGAGUGUCCAGUCGGGGGAAUGCAGAGUCCAUUCUGGCUGCGCUGGUCUUGGGGACGUUACUGUGCAUGGAAGCUCGGCGCCGGACUUGUGCUGCUCUUCUCUUUGGCCUGGCCGUCCACAUGAAGAUCUACCCUGUCACUUAUGCCCUUCCCAUCGCUUUAACUUUACGGACACAAAACCUGGCUGCACAGAAGCAUGAAGCAGAGUCAAAGUGGAGGAGUUUCAUAAGAUUCUUCACUUCCUUUAUUAAUAAGGAAUUGAUGAUCUUUGCCAACGUUUCAGGGGGAGUGGUUUGCUUUCUCUCUGGGCUCUUCUAUCACAUGUAUGGUUGGGAGUUUCUCCAUGAGACUUAUCUUUAUCAUUUAACGAGACGUGACAUAAGACACAACUUCUCCCCAUAUUUCUACAUGAUCUAUCUCACUGCAGACACUAGGUGGAGCCAGUUGCUUGGUCUUGCGGCCUUCCUCCCUCAGCUUCUGCUCCUGCUGAUCAUGUCCUGGGUGUUUCAUUCAGACUUGUCCUUCUGCUGUUUCCUGAACACUGCAGUCUUUGUUUCAUUCAACAAAGUUUGCACAUCACAGUACUUCCUGUGGUACUUGUGUUUACUACCUCUGGUCAUUCCUGGGCUCAGCCUCUCGGUAAAACAAGGCGUCGGACUGCUGCUGCUCUGGUUUGCAGGACAGGGCGUGUGGCUGGCUCCAGCUUACUUCCUGGAGUUUGAGGGCUACAACACGUUCUUGUGGAUCUGGCUCGCUGGACUGGUUUUCUUAGUCAUCAACUGUUUCAUCCUUGUUCAGAUCAUUUCUCAUUACAGACCUCUGCCUCCGCGAACACUGAAAAAAGACUGA